AUGCCCUCCGCUGCUACCCCUGAUAUGAUGCCAGAUACCCAGGGGGUUCCGGAGAGCCCACCUCUCACCCAGGUUGAUGACCCCCCAGGCACCUCUGCCGCCCUCUUCAACGAUGCUCAGUUCUCAGGCACAGGCCCAAGCUCUCAGGCAGUAGCGGCGGCAGUGCAUACUAGGUCUCGGGCUCACUUGGCAUCAUCUGGUCCUCAGAACAGCAUUGGGUUGCCUGCGCGGAGGCCACCGGCCUGUGUCAAUAACGCUGUUGCGUCCAGUUCUUUCAGUCCUUCACAGAAUAAGCAGCCCAGGGUCCAGCUUCCAGAAUCGGGCACCUCGUCAGCCGGUGAGGAGGAACAACAGCUGGAGGGGGAGCUUCAGACAGCUGAGGUGGCGGUCAUCCCAUAUGUUGAGAAGAAGCCAUUAGAUUCUUAUCGCAUGGGUAAGCAGGACCCAAGAGGCGAGCCAAAGCGCAAGGUGUGUUGAGAAUUCAAUAAGGGGUCAUGCCAAAGGCAGUCUUGUAAGUAUCCGCACGAGUGUGAGAGGUGUGCAGGGGUACACCCAGCCGCAGCAUGUUACAAAGAGAAGCAGCCCUUUCAGGGAGGUCGGGGGUUGCACCAUUCUAAUUCCAGAGGAGCCCCCACAGCAGGGAACAGACGAUAGGGACCCUCCGGGUCUAGCAUUUUCACUGAUCCAGCUCCCUCCUCUCCGUAACCUCUUGUCUAGCUAUCCAGACGAAAGCACAGCAUCCUUUCUUUGGAAGGGUUUUUUCAGAGGGUUUCAGAAUACCAGUAACCGACUCUUUAAUUGCAAAGGAUUCCCCUAACCAGAGGUCAGUAAGGGAAAGGCUUGAGGUUGCAGAAAAGAAAAUAGCUAAGGAAGUGACCGCAGGGAGGGUGGCUGGUCCAUUUGUACACCCCCCUAUCCCAAACCUGCACAUCUCGCCCCUUGGUAUUGUACCCAAAAAGACCCAUGGUGAGUUCAGAUUAAUCCACAACCUUUCUUACCCUAAGGGUGGCCCAGUAUACGAUGCCAUUUCACCGGAAUUGUGCUCAGUAAAAUAUGCCACCUUCGAUCAGGCAGUAAGACAUAUCCAGAAUUUUGGUCAUGGGGCACUCUUGGCAAAAUGUGACAUAGAGUCAGCCUUCCGUCUAUUGCCGGUUCAUCCCAAUGACCUCCAUUUGCUGGGACUCAAAUUUCAAGGGAAAUAUUACAUUGGCAAGGCUAUGCUGAUGGGUUGAUCUGUAGCCUGCUCGGCCUUUGAGACAUUUAGCACCUUUUGGGACUGGGCCUUGCGCUACAGAACCAACUCACCCGGGGUGACGCGUUACCUCAGUGACUUUCUACUCGUUGGGAAGCCCAAUACCGGCGAAUGUGCCUCCCUUCUGGAGGCCUUUUCAGCUUUGGCCCGGGAGCUGGGAGUUCCCCUCGAGGCAGAUAAGACGGACCCACAACGCGCCUUACUUACCUGGGUAUAGAGCUUGACACAGCAGCUCAAUCCGCCCGCCUGCGAGAGGAGAAAAUAAUUGCCCUUAAGGAAACAAUUCAUCAAACCCUUCCCCUAAAAUAAAUAAAUAAAUAACUAAAUAACUAAAUAGGUCACUCUUAGACAGGUCCAGUCCUUGCUAGAUCAUUUCAACUUCGCGUGUAGAGUAGUUUCACUGGGCCGCCCAUUUUGCUCCUGCUUAGCCAGGCUGUCAGCGGGCCUUCAAACAUCCGCACCAUAGAGUAAGACUCCCCAAGUCGGUCAAGGCAGACCUUGAGAUGUGGAUCAGAUUUCUGGAACACUGCAACGGAGACUCCCUAUCGCAGGAAAUCCUUAAUUUGGCCUCUGAUUUCCAGGUCCACUCCAAUGCGGCAGGGUCCCUGGCCUUUGGUCUGUUCUUUAAGGGACGUUGGCAUGCGCAACAAUGGCCAGCGGAGUGGCAAGGGGAGGCCAUCAUGUGGAAUCUCACUUUUCUGGAGUUUUUUCUCAUAGUUGUGGCUGUUCACAUAUGGACCGAGGAGUUCCGGAAUCGCCGGUUGCUUCAGAACUGAUAACCAGUUGGUGGUUAACGUGCUGGCUAGCAGUCAUCACGUUCCAAGAGGGGUCUCGCCUACUUCGAUCAUUUGUGCCGUUAGCACCUUGAGCUCAGCUGCUGCCAGAACCCUUUCCGGAUCACCUAUGGAACUUUGGAGAUCAAAGGAGUAUUUGCGUCUGUUGCACCCUCUACCCUCAGGUCUUAUAAGAAAGUAUGGUGCGACUUCACGGGUUUCAGGUCCAAAGUAUCGUCCCUUUCCCCUAACGUAUGAAACUUAGGUCAAUUUGCUGGUCCAAGUUUGAGGCCCAGCUGUUCUCUGCAGCAUACGCUAUAGCCUUCUUUGGUGCCUUUAGGGUCGGUGAGGUGGUAGCAUAAGCUACCUCAAGUGGGAAAACGCGCGGCCUCCUCCUGGAGGACGUGCACGUGUCCAGUUCAGGUGUGAUGGUGCGGGUGCGUCAGUCUAAGACGGACCAGGGCGGUAAGGGCACCAUAGUCCAACUCACGGCCUCCAGCCAGAAGGGCCCAUGCCCAGUAAAGGACACCAGGCGAUACCUUUACCUCAGACCUCCCGGCCUUGGCCCGCUCUUUAUUCAUGAGGAUGGAUCCCGAUUGAUGAGGCACCAGUUCACCAGGGUACUUCGCAAAGCGAUAGAUGCCUGCGGUUUCCCUUCCAAAGACUACACGGCACAUUCAUUUAGGAUUGGUGUGGCCACAACGGCCACACACAUGGGCCUUCCGGCAGACAGGAUCAAGGAGAUGGGCCGCUGGAAAUCUAAUGCCUACAAAAGUAUUCUGAGAACGCUCCACUUACCUGUCUUUUCUUUCUUUAUUCUUAGCUGUCUUCGGUAGUCCAGUGUGGAUUUGCAGCCACAGUAUCGUGCAUUGGGCCCGCCUCUAGGCAGCAAGUUCCGGCUUCAUGCCUAAUCUGGGGCUACCAUCGUGGGUGCGAGUUUCCUGGUUGUCAAGAAGGGGCAUGCACUGGCAAGAACUCAUGCCACUGCUGAAGGCAAAAGCUGCGCUGUUGGGCCCCCCUAACAUUCUAAUCAUUCAGCUGGGUGAGAACGACCCAGCUAGCACGAAGAGUGUGGACUUGUUGUGGAACAUGAGUAAGGUCUUGGAUUAGUUGGCUGCCUUAUUUCCCAGAACAACCCUGUUCUGGUCCUCUCUCUUGAAGAGAAAGGUUUGGCGCGGUGCGCAUAACAUUAUGGCCAUCAAGAAAUCCAGGAAACUCUUGAAUCACGCGGUAGCGCGCAAAGUGCGUUUUAUAAAUGGCCUAGUUAUAUCUCAUGAUGAUAUCCAGAUUGGCAACCAGACCCUAUUCCAGGAUGAUGGCGUUCAUCUUUCAAAUCGGGGAAAUGACAUAUGGCUGGCUAACAUAUCCAAUAGUCUUAGGGAUUGGUUGCAGCUGUGAGGGUAUUGGCGGCGAGCCUUUUGGCUCGGGUGGCAGUUAGGCAUUGGAAUGUGUUGUUGGUGUUUCGGGGGGCAAGGUGUGGCCAUCGCCUUCCCCGGCAAUUUUGGGUAUUCCGCAAAAGGAAUCCGGCGGUCGUGGAUCCUGUCUGAUGCCCGUGUGGCGGGGGGCCAUGGCACGACCCUCAGUGACAUCAGGAAGAGAGCCUAUAGUUGGAUUAGCAUCAACAGGCUUCCCCUACUGGUGGUUAACCCCUCCUCAGACUCACCCCUCUACGAGUGGGUGGAGUCUAAUGUGCUGUGGUCCAAUGCCUAAGCCAAUACCUUCUCACAUGCUCUAAUCAAUAAAGUUGUGGCCUUGUGCUGGUCCCAGGGGGAGGUUACCGUGGGGCGAGGUCCAGGACCUGAGUCGAGGGUCGGCAGACAGUCCUCCACGGGCGAAGCGGGGUCCAAAGCGAGGAGCCGGGCAAGGACAGGAACUCUGGAGGAACAGGAUUGGGUGCUGGCCGAAACAGCUCUUCAAUGACGUUGCUCCCGCAACCUGGGACCAGGCUGACUGGCCUUUAUCUUCUCUGCGGCCGGGGCGGUCCCGGCCCCCCAGGAGACCCGCCUCUCCUGUCCUUAAGGUGAGCACUCCUCCUGGGAGAAACCAGUUCCCUCCGCCUCUCUGCCCUGAGCCUCUGCAGCUCAGGAGAGGCUGGAGGAUUACUGGACCCAGGGGGAGACUCACCUUCCCCUGACAGGGCUGGGAGAGGCGCACCUGUAGGCACUGUGUCCUCAACCACCUCCGGAGCCAGAGUGGAUUCACCUGGUGCCUGCUUCUGAGGAUCCGGCACAGGUGCAGGCGCUUCAGAAUCAAGGCCCUGCCCCAGUUCAGCCGGCUCUGAAGGCAGGGACUCCUGUGCAGGCUGGGAUUCCUCCGGUUCAGCCUGUGAAUCGGAUUCCCAGGCCAUCACAGGCCUUUACCUUACCCAUUAACCUUACAUUCUGUGUCCACGUGUCUUUAUUCCCCAAGCGGGGAUCGGGUCCUCGAAUCACAAAGGCUUUCCUCCUCCCAGGAGGGGAGGGGUUGUGAUCGGGAGAUGAUUCCGCCCCCUGCUUCAACUCCAGGGCUGGUGUGCCACGCCCCUCCCCCGCUGGGGAGACAUGGAGUGAAAGAGCUCUAGAGUGAUUUAUGUGUUUGAGCAAUAAACCUGAGAGAAUUACGACCGGUGUCUCGCUUCUGUGGGAGAGCCAAGCCAUUACAAUACUCCACCUGGAGUCAAUCCAGCAGAUGAACUGCCAACUGAAUGUUGGCUCUCCACAAAGUCCCAGUAAGAACUCAUGUGUGGAGGUAAUGCUCCGCUUUGCGAAGGCAAACCUUGCACCAGACAUGCAACAGUAUGUCAAGGAGCAUUGUGCCUGCUUUCCCUGACCUUUUGCCUUCCUGGCUAGAAAACAGGGUUUUCCACCUGACCGUUUGUCCUCUCACAAAUUGUUUGCUAGACAUAAUGCUUGGCUGGAGCAUGACCCGGGACACAGACGCAAUCAAGUAUCGGGGGAAACAUUUUAGGGAAACACCUGCUGAUACGUGUAUUUGCUAAUGCUGGAAAUGUGCUUAGAUGGAAAUACGUCAUGUUCAGGGUGGUUUCACUACUGUUUCCAACUGCUGACUUCUGCUAAUAAAAGGAGCCUGUUAGGUAGAUUUAUUGCUUUAUUGUUCGGCGUCCGGCACACUUCCCCUGCGCGCCUCUGCAGGUCGUAAAGCAAUUAGCAGAAUUGCACAGCGUCCGUGUUGAAAGGGCAGUAAAACAAGUCCCACACGUUUCUUCUGUCCUAAUAUCACUUUAUUUGCUCAAAAGUAGCAUAUUUAAAAUUCAUAAAGACCAUCAGAUUGUAGCUGCAUUUUCUCUGCAUUCUUCUCUCUCAGUGUGCAGCUGCGUAACAAAGCUGCUUUCACUCUUCACUCAGCUCACAGCAUUCCAAGCUGCUUUCGUCACGUCCUGGCUUACUUCCCUUGUAAGCGCCUCCUCUCAGCCUCGAGACACAGAAAGGUUAACCCUUCACUACACCCAACACCCCCUCUUGUCUCACGCCUGAGGGGAGAAUCGACCCUUGGUCGUCCCAAACCCAGACCUUCACAAAACUCCCCAUGUCUUUGGAAGGUGAGUGGCUUCGUGAACCCAUCAGCUAGGUUCUUGGCAGAGGGACGAUACUUCAGCGCAACUAAUCCCUCCUGAACACUCUGGCACACAUUCCGAAAGCGAAUGUCUAGGUGUUUAGUUCUGGCCUUGAACUGACCUGACUCUGCUAAAUACAGGCAUGGUUGAUUGUCCUCGAAAACACGUAUCGGCUGACAAUCCACUUCGCAGAGUUCCUGCACCAAACAAGCAUAGAACUCUACUUCUCUGCACACCUCUGAAAGAGCACUAAACUCAGCCUCAGUGGAUGAGAGCGCUAUAAGACUUUGCUUCUUGGACCUCCAUCCAACUACUGAGUUCCCAAACUUCACCACUAGGCCAGACAGACUUCCGAUCCUCAAGAUUAGCCCAAUCCGAGUCCACAAAGCAAGUCAGUUUGACUUCUCCUUGUGCUGGCAACCUAAGACAAAAGUCUCUGGUUUCCUGCAAAUACCUCAGAACUCUCUUGAUGCCAUUCCAGGCUUGCACACUAGGGUUUGAAGCUUCCCUGCUGAGCAGAUUGACAGCAAACGCUAUAUCAGGUCUGCUCCACUGGGACAAGUACAACAAACUCCCUAGGGCUGACUGAAACACUUCAGUAUUUUCGAACGCAGCGCAUUCUACUUGCUGGCUGUCCUUCACAAAACUAGUCUCCAUAGGACUUCUCACUCCUGCACAAUCGCUCAUCCUCAUUUUCUGAAGCAAUUGCUCAAUUUUACCUCUCUGGCUGAGCAAAAAGCUUCCAUCCUGUGCACGCUCAACACUGACACCUAGAUAGGUUUUGACAGCACCAAGCUGUUUAAGCUUGAACCGUUUACCUAGCUCUUUGGCAAACUUCUCCGCCUGUUCAUCUGUUUCUGAGAAGAAUAGCACGUCAUCAACCCAAAUCAGCAAAUACUCUUGUGUUGCUCCUGAACCUCUCAGAUAAAAGCAACUAUCAGCAACACUUCUCCUGAAACCUAGCUCUUCUAAGGCUUCAUUCAGGCACAUGUUCCAGUUUCUAGCAGAUUGACGUAAUCCAUAGAUGGAUUUGUGCAAUCUCCACACAACAUCCUGCCUUAAGUUCUCAAACCCCGGAGGAGGAAUCAUGUACAGCUCCUCCUGGAGAUCUGAGUUAAGGUAGGCAACAUCCACAUCAAAGUGGUUUACUUUCCAGCCUCUCUGUGCUGCACAAGCUAAAAGCGUUCUCAGAGUCUCCGCUCGUGACGUUGGCGAAUACACCUCCAUGAAGUUUAUUCCCUUCCUCUGCGUAAAUCCUCAAGCAACUAACCUGACUUUAUACUGCUGCUCUCCAGCGUCAGUGGGUUUCAAGCGGUAAACCCACCUGGAACUCACAGUCUGCUUGCCCGGUGGCAACUCUGUGAGUGAGAACACACCUAGAUCUUUCAUGGACUUCAUCUCUUUGUCCAUUGCCCUGUGCCACUUACCUGCUUCUUCCUCAGGUAAACUCUGAAUAUCCUCGAAGGAUUCAGGUUCACAUCUUGCAGAACCUACCCAGACGCCUGAAGCGUCGUACCGAUCAGGAGGCCUCCUUGUCCUCGCUGAUCUCCUCAGUGUGAAUCCUGGUGACCCUGCUGCUUCACUGGGUCCAGCUAAAUCAUCCUCAACUUCAGUGUCUUCCCCCUCUGACCUGCUGCGCCUCUUGGGCCUUACAGCUGGUUCAGCAGGUGAGGAAAGCUCACUCUUUGGCUCAAAUUUGACACUUGCCUGAGGAGGUGUUCUAGGUUCCCCCCUCUGAGGGAUCCUAAGCUGUCCCUGCCUUGGACUCUGUCGCUCUGGACCGUGGUCCCCAGCACCAAGUUCCUCUUCCUCCUCAACAUCUGAGUCAUAGAACUGCUGUGGAAUCUCGUCUGGAUUAGCGUGCAGACGCUUCCAACCGGCUUGCUCACAGAACUCAGCGCUAUUGCUGAUAACCAACCUAGACUGGUCUCCACUUGGGUACGCAAAGCGCCAGGCCUUUGAGCCAGGCUCAUACCCUACAAAGAUCAUUCUUUUAGAUCUUGGCUCACCUUUCUUGCGUAGAGCCUUUGGAAUAAGCACCCAAGCCUCACAACCAAACACACGAAAGUAGUGUACCUUAGGCUUCUUUCCAUGCAGUAAGAAAUACGGUGUGUUUCCUACACUAGAGUUGUACACUCUAUUCUCCGUAUGGACCACAUAGCGCCAGGCCUCAGACCAAUAUUUCUGGGGUAGCCCUGCAUCCCACAGGAUCGCAGACACAGCUUCCUGCACCGUCCUGUUCUUUCUCUCUGCCAGCCCAUUCUGUUGCGGAGAGUAAGGAGUGGUCAGUCUGUGGCUAAUCCCCUUCUCCCUAAAGAAAUCCUGUAAAGCAGAACCAGUGAAUUCAGCACCUCUGUCACUUUGAAAACCACGAACUUUGGUGGAAAAGGUUACCUCAACUGCGGUGAUCCAAUCCCUGAUCAUUUUAGCCGCCUCCCCUUUCGUUUUCAGAGAGAGCAGACUUCGAAAAAUCAUCAAUCAAAAGCAAAGAAUACUUCGAACCUCCCAGUGACUCAACAGACAUGGGUCCACACAAAUCUGCAUGAAUUAAUUCAAAGGGUUUUGUGGUCUGCCUCUCUGACUUUGGAUAUGAGCAUGUCACAAUUUUCGCCUGUUUACAUGCAUUGCAAUCUAAAAAUUUGUCACAAACAUUAAAUUUGCACCCUUGUGUCAGCUCUGGUGCUUUCUGGAGAUAUUUCCAAUUCAAAUGGGCGAAGCGUCGGUGCCAAAUAUGUGAACAACCAUGGUGGGGCGCUACAUUCACACAUUGGCCCUUCGCAUCUUCUGUGUCAUCCUGUCCUGUGGAAAAAUGCACAUUUACAGCAAACAAAUUAUCUUUAGACCGUACUGUGUACACGUGUUUCCCAUCCUUGGAGAAUUCACAUUUGUCACCUGCAAAAGAAAUAUGAAAACCAUCGAUAAGUAGAUCAUGCACACUUAACAAACAGUUAGUUAAACCGGGCACUGCAUAAGCUUUGACUUCAUGCUUAAGGAAAGGACAGAAGAAAAGGCCUGUCUCUGUUAGCCUUUUUCUGCUUCCAUCUGCAAUCGUCACAUAUUUCUCAGUUUUUACUGUCCUGCAAUUCCUCAAAAGACUGCUAGAUGGCACUAGCGAAUUUGUUGCACCAGAGUCUAUUAUUACAGUGAGAAAGUCUUGUUUUUGACAUUCCUGGGUCGCCAGGGCAACAAUCUCCUCACUACCCCCCUCCUUGGGGCUCCUGCAGAUGUCCUCUCUGGUUGUCACGGCAACAGACUCCCCCCAGCAGGAAGACUUGCCCACGACCUUCACAGCUUCCGUAGAUGCAACUCUCUCAGUUGCCAUGGAGACUGGACUUGUCUCAGCGUUCCCACACAACUCUGAAGCUCUUAUCUCUACUUGCUGCAGGUGGCCAGCCUUGAAGCCAGCAGCAUUGCCAGCAACAGCAACAGCAACAGCAACAGCAACAACAGCAACAGUCCCUUCGCCCCCCUGUGGGAGCUCCCAGCUCCUCCCAGCUGUGUAUCGGCUCUCAAGAAUGUGGCCGGCACCAUCUUGCCUCUCCCUUUCGGAUGCAGCCACUUCUCGGCCCUUGCUUCCCACUCCAGCUCCACAAGCUUCUUGGAGUGCUAGCCAAGCGGCCUCUGGACUUCUUGCACCCAGAACAACAGGCACCAGCUGAGCAUCCACACUUUCUGCCAAAAAAGCAAGCACACGCUUCUCAACUUCACUUUGCUCUGCAGCCCUCUUAGCCUCUGCUUUCCCAGCUGCAUUCUGUGGGGGGUGAAUUACAUUCCACAGCUGCUCCCCAACUAACAAAAGCUCUACUUGAAAGCUCCACUGCAACCAAUUUUGGCUAGUCAGUUUCUGACAUGGCAGUUUAAACUCAAAGCCAUGUUCACGGGGCUGAGCCAUUGCCUCCCUUCUGUUGGCUUUUCCAAAGGUACUCACUCAGCAGCCAAACUGGGCACUCCGGACGUCAUGGCUCUCAGCUCCCACUCCGUCAGCCUCCUCCGAUCUGCCCUUUGAAGUCUCAGCAGUCGAUCAAACUGACGUCCAGCAAAUAAAGCUUCAAAGCCCUUUCACACACGCUUCACGUUCACCCAUAACCAUUGUUAGGUAGAUUUAUUGCUUUAUUGUUCGGCGUCCGGCACACUUCCCCUGCGCGCCUCUGCAGGUCGUAAAGCAAUUAGCAGAAUUGCACAGCGUCCGUGUUGAAAGGGCAGUAAAACAAGUCCCACAUGUUUCUUCUGUCCUAAUAUCACUUUAUUUGCUCAAAAGUAGCAUAUUUACAAUUCAUAAAGACCAUCAGAUUGUAGCUGCAUUUUCUCUGCGUCCUCCUCUCUCAAUGUGCAGCUGCGUAACAAAGCUGCUUUCACUCUUCACUCAGCUCACAGCAUUCCAAGCUGCUUUCGUCACGUCCUGGCUUACUUCCCUUGUAAGCGCCUCCUCUCAGCCUCGAGACACAGAAAGGUUAACCCUUCACUACACCCAACAGAGCCUCUACAGAGCUAGCCGGCAGCUUGUUUGGAGCACGCUUGCUGGCGUGCUUCUGCACAGCUCACCGGCAUCCAACCUCCUGUCAUCCCCGUUAUUCCUACAUUCAUGCACCUGCAUUUUAGACCUUUUGGAGUUUUUGGAGCAGUCUGUCAGGAGUGCGUGCAGGAGCCGGGCCCUGUGACUGGUAGGGCCUCUCAGGACUGGGGCCUUCCUGCGUUUGGCCUAGAAGGGCAAGGCGUGGUCGCACAGGUGAGGCCUGACAGGAGACUCGUAGCACCUGAUGGCAAGGGCCGGGAGGGGUAUAUAAAACCAGCAUUUUGCCUUGGCUCUUUGCCACAGCAAUAUGGUAGCCACCUAGCUGUGCUUUGGCUUCCUUACUCCUGGUAUCCUGAUUCUUGGAGUCUUGGCUCCCUGACCCCUGGACUGCUGAUUCCUGACCUCUACCCCAGUCCUGACGUACCAAGCUGGGACUCCGACUGCCUGUAACCCAGACCGUGACAGUUUGCUGUGGCCAAUCUAUGUCCCAGCUGGGGUGCAAGAUGGACGGUGCCCUGUCUACAGAUCUCACCACGGUGCUGCAGAAGCUUCACACAGAGGUAGCUAUGCUCCAGGUGGAGGUUCAAGAGCUUUGAGCAGUCCCGGCUGUGGCCCUGGCUCGACGUGCCCCCGUCGUCCCAUUGCCGGAAAGGUUCAGGGAGAGCGUGGGGCUCUUCAGGGUUUCGUAAACCAGUGCUGGCUGAUGUUUGCCACCUGCACAGCACUUUCCCACUCCACAGAGCUGGGUGUGCUUCAUGGUUAGCCUGCUCGCAGGUACGGCACUGGGUCACUCCGUAUCUUGAGGCCGAUGACCCCCUGCUGGGGAAAGUGGAUGACUUUAUCAUCACCCUGGAGGGCAUGUUCGGGGAGCCAAACUGCGUCCAGACUGCUGAGUUGGCCCUGCAGAACCUCCGGCAGGGCGCUUUGCUUGGUUACUGAGUAUGCCGCAGAAUUCCGUCAGUGGGCUGCAGACACCCUGUGGAAUGAAGCUUCCCGUUGGUUCCACUUCUGCCAAGGACUUCAUCCACACCUCAAGGAUGAAUUGGCACAAGUGACCCCCCCAGCAGCCCUGACAGACUUUAUCACACUUUGUAUUAACAUUGAUGCGCGCCUGUCCGAGAGGGAUUCCGAGCACCGCUCGAGGGGGCCCCCAGAGCCCAAGGCGGAGGUGGGGCUUGAGGAGCGCAUGCAAGUAGGUGUGGCCCACCGCUCUCUCUCCAGCCAAGAGGAGAGCCGGAGGCGGGCCCUUGGCCUGUGCUUGUACUGCAGAGAGGGAGGCCAUUUUGUGGCAGGGUGCCCAGCAAAGAGGUUCAUGCCGGGAAACAAUAAGCCCUGGCUGUGCUAGGAGGGGCUCAGCCAGGGUCCAGUCGCUGCGCACCCCAUUUCCUGGUCCCUAUCCGCAUUCUCCUUCCCCAGGGGGGCAUGCUGGUCCUGGAGGCAAUGAUUGACUCUGGAGCCUCUGGUGUCUUCAUGGACAUCAGUUUCACUGAGAAGUACCAGGUACCAUCUGUGGUAAAAGCAGCACCUGUUCCAGUGGUGGGCCUGGACGGGACCCCCCCCCCCUCACAUUGGGACCCAUUACCCAUGAAACCUGCUCACUGGCCAUGUUGGUGGCACCCUGGCACCAGGAACUGCUAACAUUUGAGCUGGCCCAGACCCCACAUUUUCCAGUGGGAGCCUCUAGUUGGUCCAGCACGACCCCGCCAUUUCCUGGGCACAAUGGAUGCUGUCUUUCCCGUCAUCUUUCUGCCACGACGUCUGUGCCCAGCCCCCCAUGUUGCCUCCAUUGCAGCAGGAACCUGUGCAGCCCCACCAACCGGCCCCAGUUCUUCCACUUUGUAUGGGACUGCCCCAGACGGGGCAGGACCACCGAAGGCCGGCCUAAUACCAGAGCACUACCGGGAUUGGACGAACGUAUUUGAGAAGGGGCUGAGGUGCUGCCUGUGCUGGUUAUAGGGUUAACCUUCUGUAUGUCCUACAUCUGGGGAGGAUCUUCCUACGUAAACGGAAGCUGAAGUUUCUUUGUCUGUGUGAGACACUUUCGCUUUUGACCGGGAGAGAGACACACGCCAUGUGUCCGAACUCCGAUGGAGUUGUUUGUUGUUUUACCUGCUGAUGUAAAUAAAGGCUGUUUAGUUAGAAAGAAACAGCGUGCGGAUUUUUCCUUUCCCUCACACGUCAAGCACUUGCUGCUCACUCUGCUGCUGCCUGGAAGAUUUAUGCACAGAGGAAACGUGCCGGACCCAGGUAGUAAUUCCACAGGUUAUGGGUCAUGGAAGAUUCCAGCCUACAUUUUGUGCUGAGUGUGAGAAGGGGACAAAGCAAAGUCCAGCUCUGAGAUCUUGCCUGAAGCUGAGGCAGUCGUGAUUUCGCUGGUGAAAGCGGAGCUUGCUGCAGGAAGCAUCUUUGAAGCACCGGCCAGCAGAAAGCGUGAGUAAGCUUAUAGCCCCAGGAAGAUGGCUCAAGCUCAAGAGGCUUUCACCGUGCCUUUUGAAAGGCUGACUGGCCCCAAUUGGGAGGAGUGGUCCAUAAGGAUGGAGUACUGGAUGUUGGGACAACAGCUCUGGCAAUGCAUGCAAACCCCAUCGCCCCAGGCUGCUGAGAGUGCUACUGAGGCAGACGUGGCAGCUGCUCUGGAAAGGGAUCAGAGUGUGCUGAGCAUGCUAAGGCUGAGUGUGGACGCUUUGAUGUUGCCUCAUCUUGAGGGUAUCAAGAAGGCCCUGGUCGCUUGGCAGGCACUGGAGAGGGCGUGCAAAGCCACAGGGGAGCCAAGGACCGAGAGGGGGCCAAAGGCCCGGUGGAGGCUGAAGGCCACAUUCCUGGAAGCUGUUUCUACGCUUCGACACAUCCAUGGGAUGGACAGGAAAGGAGGCAUAGAGCUGAGAGGAAAGCAGACGCAGGCUGUUCCUCUGGAGGCUGUGCACCCAGGAGUGGGGGUGCAGGGAGAAGCAAUGAGAGCUCUGUAAAAGCCUUUGUUUCCAAACACUGUUUUCACUGUGGGUCCAUGUCACAUCUCGUGAGAGAUUUUCCUGCAGAGGCUCAGGAACCCAAGGUCAGCCGGAAAGGAAUGCAGAUUAGAGACAGUUCCCAGGCGCAGAGGCAUGGGAAGGUUGCCAAAGGCUCCAUGUGAGGGGAAAACAAGGAGAAAACAUUGUUGUAUCAUCUAGCUGCUUUGAUGGCAGUAGUGAAAGCAUCCAAACAGGAAGCCAGCCUCUCCUUUAUUGUUGACACAGGUGCGACGUACACUCUAGUGCCAUCUGCUGGGCUUCUUCGGAAGUGCAAGACUGUGCAAAGUGGGAGAUUUGCAUUGCUGGCAGAUGGAAGCAGACGCCCACUGACUCAGUCAGGGACUCUGUACUGUUCAUUCCUGGACCAUGAGGUUCAGGCUUUUGUGGUUCCAGAAAUUACCAACUGUCUUUUAUCUGUAUCUGCUUUGGUAGCUGACAGUUACCGUGUCUGUUUUGAAAAUAGCAUGUGUUCUCUUUCCAGGGAUGGGAAACACCUGUUCAGUGUUGAAUGCAAGAAUAGGCUGUUCGUGGUUGAGAUGCCUAUUGCAGUUGAUGACCCCCUGAGGUAACACAGGUGCAGUGCGCAAAUGUCCCGCCACAUGAUGGGUGUGCCCACUUAUGGCAUAGCAGACAGGUGUAUUCGUGUUGGAAUUAUGUCAAGAAGGCCCCAGAGUGUACAGAGGGGUGUAAAUUAAAGGGAUGUGAUAAUUUUUUAGAUUGCAGAGCCUGUAAGCAAUCCAAGGUAAAAACAUGCUCAUAUCCCAAGUCUAGCAGAGAGACAAGCAAGCCCUUUGAGCUAGUCCAUGCAGAUUUGUGUGGCCCGAUGUCAGUAGCCAGUCUGGGUGGGUCCAAAUACGUUUUGCUUUUGGUGGAUGAUUUUUCGAAGAACUCUUGGUUUUUUGCAAAGGGGAAGCUGCUGCAUUGAUUAAAGACUGGAUCACAGCGGUAGAAUUGAAAUAGUCUACAAAAUUGAUUAGCUUUCAGAGCGAUAGAGGGGAGGAGUUUACUGGGUCUGCGCUGCCGAAUUUCUUCCGCCAGAAGGGAAUCAGUCACAGGUUGACAGCACCACACAGUCCUGAACAAAAUGGUAUUGCUGAACGUAAGAACAGAACACUGCAGGAGGCUGUGGCUGCCAUGCUGUUUGACGCAUGACUCCCACAACGCUUUUGGAGUGAAGCUUGGAAGGCUGGUGCGUUCACGCAGAACCGUGUGUUUAAUUCUGCUGUAGGGGACACGCCCUAUUUUCUGCUGCACGGUAAGAAGCCCAAGGUGCAUUUCUUACGCGUUUUUGGCUGUGAGGCUUGGGUCCUCAUCUCAAAGGCCAAACGCAGAAAGGGUGGCCCAAGGUCCAGGAAGAUGAUCUUUGUAGGGUAUGAACCAGGCACCAAGGGGUGGCAGUUUGCAUAUCCUGAUGGCAACCAGUCCCGGCUGCUAGUGAGCAGCAUUGCUGAGUUUUGUGAGCAAAGUGGGUGGACACGCAUACAUGGUAACCCAGAUGUAAAGAAGCUGGUAAAAUGCGGUCUUGACUAUGCUACCACUCAGUGGAUUUGUAACUGGCUGACUGACCAAACCCAAAGGGUGCUCAUCAAUGGUUCCUCUUCAUCCUGGAGAAGAGUGACUAGUGGGGUGCCACAGGGUUCUGUCUUAUUCAACAUCUUUAUCAACGACUUGGAUGAUGGACUCAAGGGCAUCCUGAUCAAAUUUGCAGAUGACACCAAACUGGGAGGGGUGGCUAACACCCCAGAGGACAGGAUCACACUUCAAAACGACCUUGACAGAUUAGAGAACUGGGCCAAAAGAAACAAGAUGAAUUUUAACAGGGAGAAAUGUAAAGUAUUGCACUUGGGCAAAAAAAAUGAGGGGCACAAAUACAAGAUGGGUGACACCUGGCUUGAGAGCAGUACAUGUGAAAAGGAUCUAGGAGUCUUGGUUGACCACAAACUUGACAUGAGCCAACAGUGUAACGCGGCAGCUAAAAAAGCCAAUGCAAUUCUGGGCUGCAUCAAUAGGAGUAUAGCAUCUAGAUCUAAGAAAGUAAUAGUGCCACUGUAUUCUGCUCUGGUCAGACAUCACCUGGAGUACUGUGUCCAGUUCUGGGCACCACAGUUCAAGAAGGACACUGACAAACUGGAACGUGUCCAGAGGAGGGCAACCAAAAUGGUCAAAGGCCUGGAAACGAUGCCUUAUGAAGAACGGCUAAGGGAGCUGGGCAUGUUUAGCCUGGAGAAGAGAAGGUUAAGGGGUGAUAUGAUAGCCAUGUUCAAAUAUGAUACGGAAGGGGGGGCAUGCCUUCCUUCACCCUUCCGCCGGUCACCAGAGGGUCCGAGGCAAUGACCUCAAGGGCACCCAGCCACACGUGGACCCCUCAGCCCCCACACCGUUACACAAGCACCACACUCUACCCCAAGCCCCAUGAAUAAAAUGCCUUUCCCUUUCCUACACCAAUCCGCUAUUACGAGCGAAAUAAGCCCAAAUUCUUAUGCCUCUUUCCCGCUCUAUCUAUUAUGGGUUGACCAUACGAAGCUGUAAUUCCCUAUUCCUUUCAAUGGCUGCGUUCUACCCAAUCAGAACCAUGCAUUUGCCUUGAAGAGCUAGCUCAGCGAGCUCCUGCACGCCUCAUUUAACCUCUUGACAAGCUGCUGACGGCUCCCCGCUGGGAGAACAAUGGAACCGAAACUUGUGAACUCAUAAAAGUGUCAAAUCUCGUUACAAUGUAUCUAUUUUGUUUCCGACUUCAAUUACCAAUAUAAAAUGGACUAAAAAGGACUAAAAAUCUUUAGAAAUUUGUAUAAAAUCAACCACAACUCCGAUUUCCUUGCUUUUGGUGUCGAUCGGCUCAGUCUCUUCAGGACUCCAUGACACCUCCCCUGCCUCCAUGAUCCCUCGAGCGAGGUGUCACGUACUCUGGAAGACCCUAAUCCGGUCAAAUCGCUCUGCCAAGCCUUUCCUCCGGGCAAUGCCAGGUGGCAGACUAUGCAUACAUGGACCAUUGUCUUCUCAUCACCGGUACUCAGGAAGUGCUUAUCUGCGCAUAUCUCCAGCUCUGCAUAUUCCCCCUCCCUCCUCUAUAUGUUAAUCCGGUGUAACCCAACCUCUCUUUAAUGUAUUCAUGAUGUAAUCCGUGUAACCCAACCUCUCUUUAAUGUAUUCAUGAUGUAACUAUGAUGUAUUUUGCACUGUAUUCUGGGACAUGGAGGGAAGUUUUAAAAGUUCAUGUCACCCCUUUCUCGCUGUUCAAUUUCACCUUGAACCUGUUGCGCAAUAAACUUGGAUCUUCUGCUGCUUGCUCCUGUCUCCAGCUGAGCUCAUUUUCCUCCGCAGGGACCCGCGGACUUAGUCCAACAAGCUGGGUGGCAGAGUAGCCCCGCACCCAGAUUUUACCGUAACAAAAUAUAUAAAACGAUGUCACAUAGAGGAGGGAGAAAGGUUGUUUUCUGCUGCUCCAGAGAAGCGGACACGGAGCAAUGGAUCCAAACUACAAGAAAGAAGAUUCCACCUAAACAUUAGGAAGAACUUCCUGACAGUAAGAGCUGUUCAACAGUGGAAUUUGCUGCCAAGGAGUGUGGUGGAGUCUCCUUCUUUGGAGGUCUUUAAGCAGAGGCUUGACAACCAUAUGUCAGGAGUGCUCUGAUGGUGUUUCCUGCUUGGCAGGGGGUUGGUCUCGAUGGCCCUUGUGGUCUCUUCCAACUCUAUGAUUCUAUGAUUCUAUGUUCUUUCAGAACAGUUUCUUGACUCAGAUGAGGAGGUGGAGGUGGGAACUGAUCCUGUUGCUGAGGAACAGAGUCCAGAGCAACAGAGUCCAAAGCAGGAGCGGCCCAGAACCCCUCCAAAGGCUACUGUCAAGUCUGAGCCAAAGAGUGAGCCAUCCUCACCCACAGGUCCAGCUGUAAGGUUCAAAAGAUGCAGCAGGUCAGAGGGAGAGUUCUCUGACACUGGGGAUAGUCUGGUUGGCCCUAGUGGGUCAGAAGGGGGUACCAGAGCUCACACUGAGGAGUUUAACCCGAACCACAAAGGGUAAACCACCUGACAGGUUUGAGGCCACAAGUGUGUGGGUUGGUGUGGCUCAGUGUGAACCUGAAACCUUUGAGGAUGUUUAGAAACUGCCUCAGGAAGAAGCCAGCAAAUGGCAUGAGGCGAUGCAGAAGGAGAUGAGCUCAAUGGAGUCUCUAGGUGUGUUCUCCCUCACAACGUUGCCAGCUGGCAAACAGGCUGUGAGCGGCAGGUGGGUUUAUCGCCUUAAACCCACAGAAUCUGGAGAACCACAGUACAAGGCUAGGCUAGUUGCGAGAGGGUUCACACAGCGGAAGGGGAUGCAUUACACUGAGGUGUAUGCUCCUACUUCCAGAAGUGAAACUCUGUGCAUGCUCUUAGCUGUUGCUGCACAAAGAGGUUGGAAGGUGAACCACUUUGAUGUUGGGAUAUUGCCAGGGAGACAAAGCUCAUCAUGCCCCCACGCCGUCUCCGGACGAUCCAUCGAUCUCCCGUAGAAACGCAGUAUCAGUCAAUUAGCGACACAAGCCUCAGAAACAGUAUUCCACAUUCCAAGAACUAGUGCAUGCCCUUUGCAGAGUUCGCACAAUGAAAGAUGCACUCAGGAGAGCAUUAUUUACAACUUUAUUCAGCGUUGGUCAGAACAAAGGAAAAAACAUGACUGCCUGCCUGCGUGUCUCGGCACAGAGAGAAGACAACAGCUAUAUACAAAAACAGAAACUUCCUGUGAGCAGGAAAUACGUAGGCUGUGACUCACAACAGCCUGUCCCCUUUUUAAGGUGGAACGGAAAUAUCCUAACAGAUAUCGCCUACUUGAACUCAGACCUCCAGGAGGAGUUGUACAUGCUUCCUCCUCCAGGGUUUGAGGCCAAGGGGCAAGGCAUCGUUUGGAGGUUGCAUAAAUCGAUUUAUGAUUUGUGGUCAAUCUGCCAGAAAUUGGAACAUGUGUCUGAAUAAAGCCUUAGAGCAGUUAGGUUUCAAGAGAAGUGUUGCUGAUAGCUGCCUGUACCUUAAAGGGUCAGGAGAGACACAGGAGGCGGUCCUGGUUUUUGUGGAUGAUCUACUGUACAUGGCCCAGACAGGUAAACAUGUAGAGAAGUUUGCCAAAGAGAGGGGGUGCCACUAGGGGCGCAUUGGAAGAUGGCCGACAAUAACAUCUCUCCGACCCACACGAGGUAAUUAAGAGGCUGUGAUGGGAGUAAGCAGCCUCCCGGCCCCCCCAAGUGAGUGGGGGGGACUGCCCUUGCCUGCUGUGCCCUAUACCACCCCCGAACUCGAGGGGGUGGGGGCACUAGGCAGAAAGCCCUUGUGUGGACUUCGGCUCUCCUGGACGCUGUCUCUGAUUUGCGCCUCUAGCUGCAGCAACUUCAAAAGAAACAAUUAGGAGGAAGCUAAUGCACAUAUUUCAAGGAAGAAUGGGGAGUAAAGACUGCUAAUUGAAGAGAUCUCUGAUAAAGAAGAAGGGUCGGAUAAACAGGAAUAUAUCAUGAGAAGACACACCAAGGCUCGGUAUGUCGGCAACGGGACUGGAUUGGAGGGGAAACUUUCCUUUCUUUUCUCUAUGUGAUUAACCAAGAAUCCCCCCCACAUAAGUCAGAAAUGCUGCUUAAAUGACCUAAGCUGAUGAUUUAAGACUGUGUGGAGAUAAUUUUCUAACCAAAAGCAUGUUUUAAGGAGAUCGUGGAAAGUAUAAGAGCUUUGGGAUGACGCAGUAAAAAACAGCGUCGCCAUCUUGGCAAGUUCUGUCGAAAGACUUGUGUCUGGGAGGAGGAAUGGAUCUGCUUUCAUAUUGCGGGCGAGCCUCUUCAGAGGACUAAAAGAAGGCGACAGAUUUGCGAAGAUUAAUGAUGGAAAGAGUGCUUUUAUUUAUGGAAGUGAUGAUAUAUGGAAACCAUCUCGAUAUGGUGAUUGGAUGAACGGAAAAAUUCACACAGGAUUAUAACUGGUGUUUACUUGCUUAAGGAGAUUAUCAGAAGAGAUCACAAAGAAAAAAGAAAAAUAUAUGAAUAAGAUGAGACGUGGGAACAGCAAGAUAGGACUGGACAGAAAUAUGAACAUUAUUUGGACAGAUUUGUGAAUAUUAACGCAGCAGUAAGAAGAUGAUUGGAAUCCCCUUCGGAACUUGAAAUAUGGGUACCCCCAACAAAAAAUUUAAAAUUCGGCUUUGUAAUUCGGAAUUUAUGUGAUGUGAUUUGAUUGGUCGGUUAAUAAAAAUUAUUUUUAAAAAAAGAGAAGUUUGCCAAAUAGCUUGGUAAAUGGUUCAAGCUCAAACACCUGGGAGCAGUCAGGACAUACUUGGGCAUGGAGGUAGCUCGAACUGAAGAUGGAAGCUUUUUGCUCAGUCAGAAGGGUAAGAUUGAGCAACUGCUUGAGAAGCUCCGAAUGUCUGAGUGUGCAGGAGUUAGGACACCCAUGGAGACUAGCAACGUGAAAGACAGUCAGCGAGUAGAACGUGCUGCAUUCGAAAAUACUGAGCUCUUUCAGUCAGCUCUGGGUAGCCUAUUAUAUCUGUCCCAGUGAAGCAGACCUGACAUAGCGUUUGCCAUCAAUUUGCUCAGCCGGGAAGCUUCAAGCCCAAGUGUGCAAGCCUGGAAUGGUAUCAAAUGGGUGCUGCGUUACCUACAAGAUACCAAAGACUUCUGCCUUAAGCUGUCAGCCAAGGGCGACGUCAAGCUGACGUGCUGGGUGGACAGCGAUUGGGCGAAUCUGGCGGAUAGGAAGUCCGUGUCCAGUAUGGUGGUGAAAUUCGGGAACUCUUUGGUUGGGUGGAGGUCCCGGAAGCAAAGUCUCAUAGCGCUCUCAUCUACUGAGGCCGAGCUCAGUGCGCUUUCUGAGAUUUGCAGGGAAUUGGAAUUCUAUGUGUGCUUGGUUCAAGAGAUCUGCGGAGAGAGUUGUUCGCCUGUCACUGUUUUGGAAGACAAUCAACCCUGUCUGAAGCUGGCAGAAUCUGGGCAGUUUAAGGCCAAGACCAAGCACCUAGACAUCAGUUUCCAGAAUGUGUGCCAGAGCGUUCAGGCCGGAUUAGUUGAAUUGAAAUACUGUCCCAGUGCCUGGAACCUUGCUGAUGGUUUUACAAAACCGUUAACCUUUCCGUGUCAUGGGGAGUUCUGUGAAGGUCUGUGUUUGGGGUAAGUGGUGGUGCUUAUUUCCCCCAGAUGCAGGGCAAGAGGGGGUGUGGUGGUUAUAGGGUUAACCUUCUGUAUGUCCUGCUGGGAAGUUUUUGCCUCUGCACAUGAGUCUGAGAAUGUUCUGAUCAGUUCCCAUUGAGUUCAUGAAACAGUGUACCUUGACCUGUUCUUAAUGCAUAGUUGACCACAUCUAUGGAACGCGAUUGUUAUGUUCUUUCAUGUCAUGAAUCAAUCACUAGUUAUAAUUUAAUUAGGAGGUUUCAUGCCUGUCUAGUUCUGUGCUCCCUUUCCCAGCCUUUAAUCUAUUGGUGAUUAAUGCCUAUAUGUAACCUUUGCUUUGUACUUGUGUCAACCAAUCAGCAACGAGCGCACCUGUGGCAAUGUUUGUAAUAUUCAAUAAAAGCUUCUUCUUGGGACUUGCUCGAGAGAUGCCUCUCACAUGACACCUGCUACUCGUCUGUCGUUAUUUCAACCCAACAUCUGGUGACCCCGACAUGCCAGAUCCCUUUACGCAGCCUCAUACUUCAUUCGACUGGAAAAGUCUCAGCGCGCUAUUUCGUGAGUAUGGGGGGGGAAUUGACUAAAUUCCAAAAGGAGCAUGCCAAGGAAUUGCUCCAUCUCAUUAAGACAGCGGGUGGCGGGUGCUCAUAUUUCUUUAAAAGAAGUUGAAAGGUUGUUAUGUGAGAUUGCUUGCCAGUGCCCCUGGUACCCUGAAACAGGUUCUUUGGGGAUAGAAACUUGGCAGAAGAUCGGAAAAACCCUCUUUGCAGAACCGAGGGCUCCGAUUCAUUGUCUGCUCACUUGGCAGAAAUGUGCAGAUGCCUUUGCUAAAUUAGGACCUCAGGCAUCUCCUUCGGCCCCUGCCCUUCUAGCCAUUGCAGACAAUCCCCCACCUUACCCAAAGCUUUUGCCUCCUUCGCAACCCUGCCAACCCCUCCCUACACCUCAACCGUCUCAGCCCACAUCCUCCCCCCCAUCCCUCCUUCGCCUGCCACAGCCCCUGCAUGCUCUACAGGAGCUGUGCGCACUGCGCUUUCUCUGGCUAGGCAAAAAGGGCUCCUGUCCUUAGAGAAAGAGUCUGAAUGGGCUGGUGAAAUGCCAUCUGCUUUCCCUAUCACCUUUACAAACCCAGGAACUGCUCAACAGCAGGUAUUGUACGAGACGCUUCCUUAUUCUGUAAUGAGAGAAUUAAGGAAAGCCAUUACUGAUUCUGGUCUAAAAUCCUCUUAUGUAAUAAAGGAUUGUUUCGCUAAACAAUGCUGAGCCCCUGGCGGGGGGGGGGCAAACAGGAAUGGUGAUGCCAACAAGGCUAAACCUUCCAAAAAAUGCACAAUAAUGGUUCAACUUUGGAGCCAUAUGCCCAUGCAGUUAAAGAAGGGUGAGUCCUGGACGCAUUUGGUGGUGCUCCCUUCUCACCCUACUGUUUCUAUUAUUGAUAGUAAUUUGCACGAGCUCUCUCCUUUUUCUCCACAGCUGUUAGCUGUAAUCCAGCGGAUUGGUCAUCAGAAACUUCUUCGUAAGUAUAAAAUCAAUGGCAAGGUUCUGGAAGGCUUGAUUGACACGGGCGCGGACAUUUCUGUAAUUUCCAGUAGUUGCUGGGACCCCACGUGGCCCCUUGAGUCUGCCUCUGCAGUUUGGGGUGUAGGUGGACCUCAAACCUCUUCCAAAAGCGUACAGUGGCUGCCUGUUUCUUUGCCUGAUAGCUCUGAAACCAUUGCAUAUAUCCAGCCCUGUGUUCUGAAAAUCCACCUCAAUCUGUGGGGCAGAGACUUACUACAACAAUUACAGGCUACCAUUCAAUUUAAUGAGUAAGCUUGCACUCCCCCUCAACUGGAAAUCAACCACCCCGGUAUGGGUAGAACAAUGGCCCAUAACGGGGGAAAAGCUACUUGCUUUAAAAGAAUUGGUGAAUCAACAAUUAUCGGCUGACCAUAUCGAGUCCACAGUUAGCCCCUAUAACACUCCCAUCUUCAUCAUAAAAAAGAAGAGUGGAAAAUGGAGAUUUCUCCAGGAUUUAAGGAAAAUAAAUGAAAUCCUUGAACCCAUGGGGCCUUUGCAGUGUGGUCUGCCUAAUCCAAAUGUGAUCCCACAUUCUUAUCAAUUGGCUAUAAUAGAUUUGCAAGAUUGUUUCUUCUCCAUUCCCCUACAGGAGAAGGAUCGUAAAUUCUUUGCUUUCACUGUUCCUGUGUUAAAUAACAGCCAACCCAUGGAACGGUAUCAAUGGAAAGUCCUACCACAAGGAAUGUUGAAUUCCCCCACCAUGUGCCAAUAUUAUGUGAAUCAAGCCCUUCAGCCUUUUCGUUUGCAGUAUCCACACCUCUCAAUUUACCAUUAUAUGGAUGACGUGCUUAUCAGUGGGCCACGCCUUCCCCCUCAAUGGAAACAUGAUAUGAUAGCCUGUUUGUCACUUUAUGGUUUGAAAAUUGCCCCAGAAAAAGUUCAGGAAUCCUCUCCCUUCCAUUAUUUGGGACACAAAAUGAUAGCUAGCUAUUCUAUUCCUAUAGUCCCUGAACUUCAUGUUCCAAAAACAAUGAAAUAUGUCCAGCUGCAGCAAUUGCUGGGCAACAUCAAUUGGAUAAGACCUUAUUUUAAAAUCCCUCUUGAAGUUUUACGACUGCUUUUUUCAGCCUUAAAAGGCCAUCAAUCUCCUGGUGAGCAAAUCACCUUGACCUCCUCUCAACAGAAGACUGUUGCCCAGUUAAAGGAAAUUAUGCGUCUCCACUCGGUUGAUCGAGCAAUUCUUAAUGUCUUGCCCGAUGUAGUCAUAAUGACAGAUUCUGUCCAACCUUUUGCGGCCCUUAUUCAGUUAGGCCGAUCGAAAGUUCAUAUAAUUGAAUGGCUGUAUUUACAUCAAACGCCGAAGAACAUGGUGACUCCUUUAGUGGAUCUCCUUGCUCAGCUCAUCAGCAAGGGACGCCGUCAAUGCAAAAGCCUUUUUGGCACCGAUUGUCACCAAAUUAUUGUGCCCAUGCCCCUUGAGCAAUGGGAGACUGUUCUUUCCACUAGCAUGGAUUUGCCGUGCGCUUUAGCUUAUUUUGUUGGCCUAACGGAUUGCCAUAUCCCAGCCGACCCUCGCCUGCAAAUGAGUAGACAAUUUUCCCUAUCUUUCUCUUCCAUAUUGUCUCCUGUCCCUUUGGAUGCCCCUACUGUUUUUACUGACGGAGCCCCCUCCAGGGGGGUGGUUGCUUGGCAACAAAAUGGGGAAUGGCACAGCCUCUACACUCUCCCACAAAAGUCUGCCCAGUGUUCUGAGUUAGCAGCUGCUGUUAAAGCACUGCACCACUUCUCCUCACAGCCCUUUAAUUUGGUAGUGGACAGUCUUUAUGUUGCAAAUGUCAUAACUCGUUUACAGGGCAGCUAUGUAAGUCCCUUAUUGGAUGACAACUUAUUGAGCCUUUUCCUGUCCUUACAAUUGCUUCUCUCUAAUCGCUCCCACCCACUAUUUGUGGUGCACAUUCGUUCUCACCAACCCUUCCCAGGCUUUCUCACUGAUGGCAAUGCAAAAGCAGAUUCUUUGCUUAGGGCUUUGCCUGUUUCCCCCAUUGAAAGUCAUGCUUUCCAUCAUCAGAAUGCGAAGGCUCUUAGCCGCCAAUUCCAAAUUCCGUUGGAAGCGGCUCGUGCAAUUAUCCAACAAUGCCCUCAAUGCUCUAAUCAGAUUGGCCACCCCAGCCCUGGAGUUAACCCCCGUGGGCUGGAAGCCAACCAGUUGUGGCAAAUGGAUGUAACUCACUUCGCCCCCUUUUCACCUUGGAAGUUCAUACAUGUUUGCAUUGAUACGUUCUCUGGCUUUAUUUGGGACACCCUCAAAGGGGAGAACAGGUUAAACAUGUUUGCAAUCAUCUUGUUCGUACCAUGUCAGUCAUGGGCAAACCUCAUUCCUUGAAAACUGACAAUGCCCCAGCGUACUGUGCAAAAACCUUUGCUCAGUUCUGUGAAACUUGGAAUAUUCACCACUUUUUCGGCAUCCCCUAUAAUUCUCAAGGCCAAGCGAUUGUUGAACGUGCCAAUCGCACUUUAAAAACUGCCUUGAUUCGACAAGAAAAGAAGGCCGGAGUCCCAGCCUCGCUCUCUGAAAAGGAAGGCUGGUUGGCUGGCUAGUGUUCUCUUUACUCUCAAUCAUUUGAAUGUUUCCAUACAGGAUCAUCAAUCUUAUACUCGCCUCCAGAAGCAUUUUCAGCAAACAGAGAUACUUCCAGCCCCACUGGUCCGCUAUAAGAUAUUACCCUCCAAUGAAUGGAGUGAACCUGUAAAACUGAUCACCUGGGGAAAGGGUUACGCUGCAGUUUCUACUCCACAGGGUGCUCGCUGGGUUCCCGCACGCUGCAUCCGCCUAUACCAUGGCGUGGCGACAGACCCUACCGGAUCCGAUACCGCAGUUCGACCGCAAACUACAGAUCGCCCAGGAUGCGGCGUCCAGCCCCCCCAGGACUCGCAAGCAGGGAAAUCGUAAUGGACCAGUGACGUGGGGCCAAAUAAAAUCACUCUCAUUUCAGGCUGAACAGCUUAGAAAGGAAAAGCAGCUUGAAGCAACCCCUGAGAAUUUGCUUCUGUGUAUUAUCUCCUGCCUUAAUCUUAAUUCCAUGAUAGUGCUCAUUUUCAGCGUUUUGUUUUUGCCUCUUUCUGCUUCUGCUCCUAAUAGCGAUAACUACACACCAACAAAUGUGUGGGAAUCUUUUGCAAAGACGCUCAAUAUUUCUUCCUUUUGCCUAACCCAACAGGUAUCAAUAGGUGAAAUCCUUGGCUCCUGCCUUAUCCCUGUUUGCCAUGACCCUUUUGAUAUACAAAAUGAUACCUGGUUUUUCUCAUCCCUACCCGAAAAUGAUUCUCUCCGCACCCUUGGUUAUUCUGGUUACUAUGUCUGGGGUAACCAAGUGCGCCGACGCCCACCUCUGGCCAUUGACUUAUUGACCCCAUACGUGGCUUCUUUUAAUGUCACUUGCGCCCGUAUGGUAAAUUGCACAAAAACCAACUGUGUAAAAAUGGGCGAGGAUAAUUUCCACUGCUCUAAUUAUGUAAAUAUUUCUUAUGUAUAUAAAUACACAGAACUACCUGCGGGCUGGUUCUGGUCGUGUCCUGGCUAUACAUUUAAUUACAUUCCAGCAAACAUCAGCCAUGGAACACCCUGUUGCUUAAGCCAUUUGUCCAUCGUAUUACCCAAAAAGCAUCAUUUGACCCGCUCUCGAUAUCGCCGCUCUAUUGAAUUGACUAACGAUUGUGACAAUUCAAUUUCUCUUCCCAGUAGGUCUGAAUAUAUCUCUUUAGCUGUUUCUCUCCUAGGAGUCCCUGGAUUGGCUGUACGCAAUAGUAGGAACAUAAACUCUUUAGCUUGUUCUGCAGCAAAAGCCCUGAAUUAUACUUCUCAAGCUCUUCACCUUUUGAAUAAAGAACAGAGUGAACUCCAGCAUGGCCUUCUGCAAAACCGCGCUGCUAUCGAUUAUUUAUUGAUGCUUCAUCAUUAUGGCUGUGAACAAGUGGCUGACAUGUGUUGUUUCAAUAUUACUGAUAAUUCCAAAGCCAUUCAAAGCCAAAUCUCUCAUUUGCAAAAUCUUACACACCACAUUAAACAGGACGUUGGAUUUUCUGGCCUCUGGGAUUCUUUCACCCAGUGGCUUACCGCUUGGUUGCCAAACCUGACUUGGCUUCGUAAUCUCUUUCAAUAUGCCAUUGUCAUAAUAUGUAUAUUAAUCUUGCUAUGUUGCUUCCUCCAAUGCAUUCCUGGCCUCAUAAGUCUUUUGUCUCGGCUUCUCUCUCCCCCUCAGCCACCCAAUAAAAUAAUUGCUGCCUACUUUGCGAAAUGGCAGCACCAACAGUAAACAUUAGGGGACAUGUGGACGGACUUAUUUCGGGCAUGCGCUGGCAUACCACGUAUCCCGAAGUAUUUUUGUCCAGUCAACCCUGGCGAACUUAUUUCGGGCAUGCGCUGGCAUACCACGUAUCCCGAAGUAUUUUUGUCUUAUUCACCCAGAACACCUCGCAAAUAAGAAAAGAAAGGGGGAGAUGCUGGGAAGUUUUUGCCUCUGCACAUGAGUCUGAGAAUGUUCUGAUCAGUUCCCAUUGAGUUCAUGAAACAGUGUACCUUGACCUGUUCUUAAUGCAUAGUUGACCACAUCUACGGAACGCAAUUGUUAUGUUCUUUCAUGUCAUGAAUCAAUCACUAGUUAUAAUUUAAUUAGGAGGUUUCAUGCCUGUCUAGUUCUGUGCUCACUUUCCCAGCCUUUAAUCUAUUGGUGAUUAAUGUCUAUAUGUAACCUUUGCUUUGUACUUGUGUCAACCAAUCAGCAACGAGCGCACCUGUGGCAAUGUUUGUAAUAUUCAAUAAAAGCUUCUUCUUGGGACUUGCUCGAGAGAUGCCUCUCACAUGACACCUGCUACUCGUCUGUCGUUAUUUCAACCCAACAAUGUCCUACAUCUGGGGAGGAGCUUCCUACGUAAACAGAAGCUGAAGUUUCUUUGUCUUUGUGAGACACUUUCGCUUUUGACCAGGAGAGAGACACACGCCAUGUGUCCGAACUCCGAUGGAGUUGUUUGUUGUUUUACCUGCUGAUGUAAAUAAAGGCUGUUUAGUUAGAAAGAAACAGCGUGCGGAUUUUUCCUUUCCCUCACACGUCAAGCACUCGAUGCUCGCUCUGCUGCUGCCUGGAAGAUUUAUGUGCAGAGGAAACGUGCUGGACCCAGGCAGUAAUUCCACAUUGUCACCUUACCGGACUUACGAUUGCCCUAUUGACUUGCAUCUGGGAGCAUAGAUUCCCUUCGGCCACAUUUAUGCCCUGUCGGCUCCUGAGCUAGGGGCCCUUCGAGAGUACCUAGACGACAACCUUGCCAGGGGGCUCAUUCACCCCUCCACGUCCCCUGCUGGGGCCUCCAUUUCUUCGUUAAAAAGGACGGCGGGCUAUGUCCAUGUAUCGACUACCGAAAGCUGAACCAGGUUACCAUCAAGAAUCGCUACCCCUUGCUGUUAAUUCCUGAAUUGAGAGGCUGCAGGGUGUGAAGGUUUUUACCAAGUUGGAUCUACGUGAGGCAUGAAACCUGGUUCGGAUCCGGGAGGGGGACGAAUGGAAAACAGCGUUCCGAACCCGGUAUGGCUAUUUCAAGUACCCUUUGGACUGCGCAAUGCGCCGGCCACGUUCCAGCACUUCGUAAAUGAUGUUUUUCAUGACUUACUGGACCGGUUCGUGGUUACGUACUUGGAUGACAUAUUGAUAUUUUCAAUGCCCCCAGAGGAGCAUCGCCAGCAUGUCCGUCUGGUCCUGCAGCGUCCUAGGCAGCACCGGCUGUAUGCCAAGCUGGAAAAGUGUGCGUUCCACCAGAAGCGCAUGGAGUUCCUGGGUUACAUCAUCUCCCCUGCAGGCCUCCAGAUGGACCCCCGAAAGAUGCAGGUGGUGCUGGACUGGAGCCCCCCCCCCCGGGAUGUAAAGGAGGUGCAACGGAUCACCGGGUUUGCCAACUUCUACCGCUGCUUCAUCCAGGGGUUUUCACAUGUGGUUGCCCCCAUCUGCGCCCUGAUCCAGAAGGACGCUGUGUUCCAGUGGACACCCGCUGCACAAGAGGCCUUCGAGCUCCUGAAGGAGGCUUUUACCUCUGCCCCCAUCCUGGACCAUCCGGACUCACAACUCCCCUUUGUACUCAAGGCAGAUGCCUCGGACCGAGCGAUAGGGGCCGUGCUGUCUCAAAGGCAGGGGCCACAGCAGUUGCUUCACCCCUGCGCUUUCUUCUCCCAUCAGCUUACUUCUGCUUAGCGGAAUUAUGAUAUUUGGGACCGUGAACUCCUUGCCAUUAAAGUGGCGUUCGAGGAAUGGCAUCACUUGCUGGAAGGGGCCCAGCACCCAGUUCAGGUUCUCACAGUUCAUCGGAACCUCGAACAUUUCCAAUCCAUGAAAUGCCUCAAGCCACGCCAAGCACGCUGAGCCCUGUUCUUCACACACUUUAACUUCCAGGUCACCUAGCAUCCCGGUGCCCAGAACGGGAAGGCUGACGCUCUCUCCCAGAGGGAUUCGGGCUCAGAGGACCGGAGCAGGUUUGCCACCCUAGGAGAGAGCGAUGAUUGCUUUGACAGGACACUGACAACCGCUUGUUUGUCGGUCCAGAAGCAUACCCGGUGAUUCCUGAACUCAUCAGCCCACAAGUGCACCGCAACUACGAUAGGAAAAAAUUCUAAGAAGGUGAGGUCAUGUGUGAUAGGUUUUCCCUGCCAGCUGGUGGGCCACCGCUGAACACACCUGAAGUGAAGGCCCAAGACAGGAGUUGAUCAUCAUGUGAGCUGCGCACAGGUGGUCUGAAGUGAGCUGCUACCAUUCCUGUGGAGCCUCCUUUUAUCGAGACAAAUAUGCACGCCAGGCAGAUACAUUUUUGGGCUGUGACCUUUACACAUCUUCCGUCCCGAGAUCGUGGGGUGGUACAAAGCUAUUUUGGCACCUGUUCCACAUCGUCAUUUUCCCCUUGCACAGUGUAUGACGAAGGAGACAAAAGGUCUCAGAGACAAAGGUUACAGACAGGACACCGCUGACUGCUGAGACCGCAAAAGGUCAGACAUAGGUGGAACUCUGUGGCUUGUCUGGGGGUGGGGUGGUUGCCCUGCACCCCAAGGUCACGCGUGCAGGCAGACUGUGGCUGCCUGCUGGUGGAGAGUGUGCUCCAUCCGGACCUCACUGUCCACUACGCGAUAUCCCUACAUCUCCCCUUUUCUGUCUAUAAAAGAAUAGGUCCCGAGUCCACCCGUGCCCUGUGUGUGUGAAGCCGGGCAUACUCCAAAUUGGAGGAGUUUAUAAUGCCGGGAGUAAGGUGUUAAGCCGAAUUUGAUCAAAAGCAGAGAGGGCCAUGACGCAGGGAUCAGAGCGAACUUGCAGAGCUGUAAAAUAGUGGGAAUACAUUGCAUACAUCAAUAGUAGCAAGUAAGGUAGGUUGGAAACAUUACAGCAUAGGUGAAGAUGUGUUUGAGUCAUAGAAGAUCAGGAGAUCAGCUAGUGAGGCAGUUCCACAGAUAGUCAAAGCCUUCAUUGGCAAAGGUACGCAUGGCAUGAAAAGAAGCAGCAUGGAGUCAUCAGCAAGUUGGGCAAAUAUAUGGCAGCAGUCAGUGAGGAAAUUUCUCUGGUUGUUCAGGCUAGUUGGCAGCAAGCUGGGCAAAUAUAUGGCAGCAGUCAGUUAGGAAAUGUCUCUGGUUGUUCAGGCUCGAGAGAGCUGAUAUUGUCCAACAGGAACAAGGGCUUGAUGUCACCCAAGUGACUGAAGUGACUUCUUCCUGGUCUGCACUUGGUGGUACUACGUCUCUCUCGGAUGGCGCUUUACUGGCAUCUCCCAUAGGAAGCUGGAAGCUUGGAGUUGGACUGGAGCCGGACUGGUCAGGCCAUGAUGCCAGACCAUGCUGGAGAGCGAAUCGCACACACCGAACUGGAACUCACAAGAGACUUGUAGGGGUAGAAAUAAAAGCAUAGCCCCGCCCCCAGGUGGUCAGGGGCCACAAGGCCACGCCACUUCAGGUCCGCUGCAGAUCCGGAAGCUGUUGAUAUAAAAGUUGUUAGCUCGAGAUCCUUGGACUUGUGGAGACAUCUGUCUGCUGGUGCAAGCCUGUCUGAAUCAAAAGCAAGAUGGUUAAAUGAAAAACCGCAAGGUGUUAAAUUUAUGCUGGAUGUUGCCUAGGGCCUACACUUCUCCCCCUUUCCUAAUGUUUUCCAAAAGUGUCUUCAGGGAGCAAUUGGCCCAUUCCACACUUGUUUAACCUGUGGAAUUACAGGGAAUACUGUGGGUAAGAGAAAUACUCACUGGAUGCAGGAUUGCUGGAAAAGAUGUGAGCAAUAAACAGAAACAAAGAGUAGGAUUGUUAGGCUUUUGGGCUUGGCCCAUAACAGCAAUAUAGGCAAUCAUGUGCUUUGAGUUGUUAUGAACCCUGAAAAGGUUUCAAGUGUGACAAUGGACUGUGGAAUAUGGCUUAAAAUGCACAGUCCCUUGGCCACAACUGCAGUGCUUCUGUGUUGCUAGGAAGUCACAGCAUGUGGAAAUGCUUGAGAUUAUGAAACAAUGUGAGCAAGCUUUGAGAUUAAGAGACUGAGCCAGCCGGGCUUGGGCUGGCAGUAAAGGUAACCGAAAUUGUUCAGAUAACCUUUUUUUUUUUCUUUAGAUGAAAAACAUCAAAACUUUCAACCAAGUCUGUGA